AUGCCCUGGCAACCGCUGCCCCGGGUCGCUUUCGCCGUCGCGACCUUCCCUUUCCCCGCUGUGCACGCGGCCGACCUCCCGCUCGAACUCGGUGACGAACUGUACAUUUUCGAAGAGACUCCAAAUGGCGAUUGGCUCCGUGGAUACCUGGUCUCGCCGCCGAGCCUGCUGGCUGGGCUGACGAGCGUCAAGGGACAAACCCUCGAAGCCCGCGUCUUUAGCGGCAUCUUCCCGCGCAGCUGUGUCGAGGUCCGGGAGGAGAUGGGCGAAACAGGUGAGGUCUACGACAACGAUAUCGAAAGCGAUGAUGUGCCCCAACUGUCACCAAUACACCUCGAGGAAGGCGACUCGGCCAAGAGUGGGAUAGAGGGAACGAAUGCCGAGAGAAAGAGGAGGAGAGACAGGGCGGGGGGCUCGCCGACAAAAGGCUGGAGGGAGCAUGUGGGCUUGCCGAAUGGCGCCCCUGGCCGACUAUCAGUGCCUGUGAAGCGCGACCCGAAUGCGCCACGCCCGCCGGCACCCGUGCCCAUGCUCAAGAUUGGCGACGAGACUCCGACUUCUGCCAUGGAGCCGCUCAUUGAUGAGAUCGCGUCUUGUCUGCGGGAAUGGCACUCAACAAACCUCCACGAGCUGCUGCUGUCUCGCCAGUACGCCAAGCUGGACACCAUGUCCAAUCUCAUCGCCACUCUCAACUUUGCGAGGCAACAAUUCCUCCACGACGUCCUGACUGACUGGGAGUACGACGCCCUCCGGGAAAAGACUGUCUGGGACCUGGUCCGUGUCAACAAGCUUUGCGGGGCCGAAGUAAUUGUGCGCGACCCCCAUGAGCGCGGUCGGGUGCUCACUGGGGAUGACUCGGUGGUGGAGAUGACAAAACUGCAGUCCAUCAUGAGCUUGCUCGACGAGACACCGACUCCCGUGGCUGAGCUAACGGCGCUUCACCACCUGCUAGUCGAUAUCAAGGGUUUCGCCGGCGCAUCCACCGAAGCCACCACCGUGGUACUGUACCUGGCUACCAAGACCGCGGGCGGAGCGUUAACACCGCUGUCCGAGAACUACAUCGUCGAGAUGCCCGCUGGUGGGCAGCUGGUUCAUCUGACCCGGAACAUGCAGAUGCGUACCCUCUUCGCCGACCUGACAGCCACCGAGAUCGGCGACGUCCCCUCGAUCGAAUCCGACCUCUUCCUGGUCGUUAAAAUCCGCGCCUCGCAACAAGUCAUAGCAACCAAGCCCAGCUCACGGUCUGGCGCCGUUUCCCAAGCGCCGUUUGCCAAAGAACACGCCAAGCCGCCGUUGUCCGCCGGAAACAAAUCAGUGCGCAGGAGCUUGAUGUGGGCCGGCAAGAGCACGCGCUCGGCAUUCUCGAGGGGCAACGUCAGACUCGACUCGCUGUCAGAGCAACCAGAAGAAGUCGUAUUGCCGCCUACAGCAGGCAGCGAGAGUAGGGAUGGAGCGCCCCCGAGCACCGCCAAUUCCAAAACGGGGCGCUCGUCCGUGGACGGCCAGGUCACUCAUACGGCCGAUAGGACAGUCGGUGUUGGCGUGCUCAAGCUGAACCCUGUCAUGAAGCAAGAGGAGGAGGUCGAGCACAUCGUGAGCAUCUGGGCGCCGUCUGCUAAGCAUAUAGCCGAGAGGCAAGAUGGCGAGGACUGGGACCCAGUACUGCGCGAGAUCAUGGACAGCAAGACGGGAUCCUACGAGAAGUCGAGGAGAGCCGAGCGCCUGCAGGUGCACCUCCGGGCCUUCAACAAUCCGGAUGCGGAUGCUCUGAUCAAAGCGACCCCCACAGCACUGUCCAACAUCUGCAAGACAAAUAAGAUGGGCUUCUCUGGCGCCCCGACGAAGCCCAGGUCCGAUAUUUACCUGACUAUUGACGAGGCCGUCUUGACCCGCCAGACUCUGCUAUCCCGGUUCGGCGGGAGCCCAACAGCGCUUCCGAGCAGUUUCCACGCGAACAACCUCCAGAUCACUCUCGAAGUGCGCAGGUCGGACGGCGAGCGUGUUGAGAACUGCAUCCAUCCUUCUUCCAACGCCGAGCCCGUCAGCACCUGGACCACUGUCGUCACCGAGCGCGGCGAGCCGUGGCGGCAGUCGGUCAAGCUCGUGCUCGCACCGCAAGACGUCCACCAGGGGCACGUGGUGAUGCACCUCGCCGACGCGCCGAGCCCGCCAUUCGCGGUGGCGUACAUGCCUCUCUGGGACCAGCAAGCAUUUAUCCGCGACAUGGCCCACGGCCUCUUGCUCUACCGGUUGGAUGAGCACACGAAUGCUGCCCAGGCCGGCCCCCAGGGGAAGGGUGGCUACCUAAGCCUGCCAUUCUCUGCCAGAGGCAAGGACGAGCACCAGACUGACGUGACAGGGCCGCUUGCCAUGGUGCGCGUCGAGACCUACCUCUGCAGCACAAGAUUCUCGCAGGAUCGGGUCGUCUUGGGCCUGUUGGCUUGGAAGGACUCAUCCCGGGAGGGGAUCCCGGUGCUUCUCAAGCAGUUCAUUUUUGUUGCUGAGAUCGAGGUGGUUAAGCUUCUGAAUGAUGUGUUGGAUGCGUUAUUUGGCAUUCUCUGCGAAUACUCGGGCAAUGACGACUACGAAGACCUCGUCUUUACCGCCCUCGUCAGGGUGCUAGAUAUCGUCCACGACAGGCGAUUUAACCUAGCGCCGCUAGUCGACCAGUACGCCGAGAGCAGGUUUAACUACCCCUUUGCGACCCCCUGCUUGGUCAGGUCCUUCACUCGGCUCCUGUCAAAGCCUACCGAGCACGAGACGGCAAGGAAGCUGCGAGCCACUUUCAAGGUUGCGAGGCACAUUCUCAAGUUCAUCACACAUGCUCGUGGCCAGCAAAAGGCCAAGGAGGCGGGCAUCGGGAUAACGGGCUCGAAUCCGGGUUUCACACGUCACCUCCGCGUCAUCUUCAAAGCGCUCGAUGCCAUGAUGCGCAGUAGCGCGCCAGUCCUGGUCGGCAGUCAGACUCUCGCCGUCCAACAUUUUCAUACCUGGCUCCCAGAGCUGACCGGCCUGCUGACGACCGAGGAAAUUCUGCACAUUGCUAUCGACUUUAUGGAUUCUUGCUCCAGCGUCAAGGGCAAGCUUGUGUUGUACAAGCUGGUGCUCAUCAUCAACUACGCCAAACUCGACAUCUUCUCACAUCCUGAGCAACGCUCCGCCUUGAGCGCCAACACCGUCCGAUGGAUAGCACCACACUGGGGCCACGUCGACGAAGUCACAGACCUGUGGAAAGACCAAGUUCGCCUCUGCUGUUCGGUCCUCGCCAGCCAGAUCGAACACCUGGGCCCCGAGAUCCCCGAUUACAUCCCCAAGAUUAUUCAAUCUUACCUCGUCAUCCAAGCCGUGCCGAAGAAACAAAAGGACCGCCUCUCGCUCCUCUUCCCUACCACCUACCCCUUCCCGGCGCGCUCCAUCACUGACGAAGCCGCCUUCGACGAAGCCCUCAUCGAACUCUCGGCCGUCCUCUCGGCCCUCUCAAACUCCCCCGCCGGUAUGCAGCUCGAGCUCGCCGAGGAUGACCUACACGUGGUCGUUGAGAACUGCCUGCGCGUGCACAUGAGCAUCCUUCAGGGCGAGACCUUCCCCGCCGACUGGCUCAGCGCCCACAUCUUCCACCACAAGUCCACCAUGCGCACCUUGCAAUACCUAGCAGGCAUCCUGCUCGACUCGUUCCUCCCGCACCCAGACGAGGCCGAGAACUUCAACACGGAGCUAUGGAAGCUCUUCUUCACCACCCUGCUCAGCCUAGUCGGCAGCCCGUCGCUCGCGCUCGAGACCUUCCCGGAGCAGAAGCGCCGCGCCGUGUGGAAGAUCGCCGGCGACGUGCGCGAGCACGGCGCCGACCUCCUGCGCCGGACCUGGGAGGCCAUCGGCUGGGACACCACCCUGGAGGAGCGCGCCCGCUACAGCCUGGCCAAGAUGGGCGGCUACCAGGUCCAGUACGUGCCGACGCUCGUCGGCCCCAUCGUCGAGCUGUGCCUGAGCGUCCACGAGGGCCUGCGCCGCAUGGCGGUUGAGGUGCUGCAGACUAUGAUUGUUAGCGAGUGGACGCUGAGUGAGGACCUGUCGGUUAUUCAGACUGAGAUGAUUGAUUGUCUGGAUGUGUACUUCAAGUCGAAGCCGCUGACGGAGAGUAUUCUGCAGAAGUUGUUUGUUGGAGAGUUGUUGGAGCGUUUUGAGCCGCUCGCGAAGGGGAAGGAUGAGGCACUCUUUGCGGCGCUGAGAGAUCUGACGGAUACGGUGGAUGUGUUCUUGGACUUGUUGGUUGCGGUGCACAGUGGUGAUGGGUCUGGCGAGGCCUCGCACUUGAUUCACCGGCUACGGCUGAUGGAGUUCCUGCGCGAUAUGCAAAAGGAGGAGAUCUUCAUCCGCUAUGUCCACCAGCUGGCCAACCUCCAGGCGGACGCGAGGAACCACGCCGAGGCUGGUUUGGCCCUGCGGCUGCAUGCCGAUGUGUACGACUGGGAUCCCCUGAGGACGACGCCUGCUCUGCAGGACCCCGAGUUCCCUGCCCAGACCCACUUCGAGCGCAAGGAGCGCAUCUACUUCGACAUGAUCAAGCACUUUGAAGACGGCGAGGCCUGGAGCAGCGCCCUGGCCGCGUACAAGGAGCUGCAGGCGCAGUACGAGACGAACACGUUCGACUUCGCCAAGCUCGCCCGCACCGAGCGCGCCAUCGCGACCAUCUACGAGACCAUCGCCAAGAGCGAUAAGCUCGUGCCUAAGUACUUCAAGGUUAUGUUCAAGGGCCUCGGCUUCCCGGCCAGCGUGCGCGAGAAGGAGUUUGUCUUCGAGGGCUCCCCCGCCGAGCGUACCUCGAGCUUCACCGACCGCAUGCAGGAGAUGUACCCGUCGGCGCGCAUCGUCACGAACGACCACAUCGACGACGUCGAGGGCCAGUUCCUGGUUAUCUCGACGCUGAGCCCGCACCGCGACCUCGGCCACCACGUCUUCCAGCGCGCGCGCGUGCCACAGAUCAUCCGCGAUUAUCUCAUCUCGGCCCACCCACAGGCGUUCUCGGUUAGCAGCAAGCGGAACACCAGCGGGCCCGUGGCGGAGCAUUCCAUCGAGAAGAUUGUCUACACCACGGCGGAGCCGUUUCCGACGAUCCUCAGGCGGAGCGAGAUUGUGGCCGUGCAGGAGGUGCGGCUGUCGGCAAAGGAGACGGCACUCGAGCGCAUUGUGCGGAAGACGGCGGAUAUGUCGGCGCUGGAGAAGAAGGUGGCGGAUGGCGAGGGCGGGGACGAGAGCGCGCAGCUGCUGGUAGAUGCUGUUAGCAUCAGUGUGAAUCGCAACUCGGAGAGCAGCGUCGUGGCCUAUCGCGAUCUCAUCCCCGGGAUGUCGCGGACCCCGUCGCCGAGGGAGUUUGAUGCGGAGCUUGGGGUGCCAGAGUUUGAUCCCCAGGAGAAUGCCAUCAAGAUGGCGCUGGUGGAUCACGCGAUUAUGCUUAAGAGGUGUCUGGCGACGUUUACGAAGAGCGGGAACGAGAUCCUCACGCGGCAUGUGGAGGAUCUGCAGCGGUACUUCGAAUCGACCUACGCGCCCGAAAUCGCAAUCUUCACCCCCGUCCAACCCGUCCGCGAGACCACCACCCCAUCCCCCACCUGGCCGCGCUCGCCGCCCUCGGCACUCAACGGCACCGCUCACCACGCCCCAACCAAAUCCACCUCGACCGUCCCCAACGGCGCCGUAACAGAAGAAGCCACCGUCGUCCAACCCGUCCCCCUCCGCCCCGGCCGCGGUCCCCGCCUCAGCUUCCUCGGCGGCCGCAAAAAGGACCAACAACAACCGCCGCGGGAAACCAACGGCGACCACGCCCCCAUCCAAGAAGAAUCCGAACAACCCGCCCCCUCCGCAACCACAAACACAGCCAAGAGCACCACCUCCUCCACAACCAAGGAAACCCCCCCAAGCAAUAACCGCCGCUCCUUCUUCCGCACCCUCCCGCAGGUAACCACCACCAGCGAGGCCGGGACGGCAUCGUCAAGAGAACGUGGCGGCGGCGGCGCGCACACCAACGGCUCCGGCGCCGGGCCUUACUAUGCCCGCUCGCAGCCCUCGCAGUCCCACCUGCCUGAUCUCAGCCCGGGCGGGUCGGAGGUAUCCUCGCCUGCUACUACUGCCGUGCAUAACGGUGGUGUUGGUAUGGGUGGUGUGGGUGGUGGUGUGGGAGAGAAGAAUGGAUACCAGGCACAGGUGUAUGAGACGAUGGCGCCGCAGGUGGCGGCGGCGGCUCCCGCGCAUUCGUCGAUUAUGGGGCAUGGGGUGGGGAGCGUGCGGAAGAGGUUGAGUAUUUUGAGGUUGGGGAAGAAGAGUAGUCGGGAGAGGAGCGGGGGGUUGGGGGGGGUGGAUGAGGAGUGA